AAAUUUCUAGUUAAAUAACGACGUAGGACACAAAAGAGUGAACACUUCUAAAAUGGCUAAAAAGAGAGGAGAGAUUGCACUGCAAGAAGAAAUUGUAGACGAAGAUAGUUGGAACGCACUUCGUAUAAAGCCAGGGCUAAUAGUUGUAGAUGUCUAUCAAGAAUGGUGUGGUCCUUGUUCCGCUGUUGUUGGUCUGUUCAAACGACUCAAAACAGAACUAAACGACGAUUUAUUGCAUUUUGCUGUUGUAAGAGCAGAUACUGUCGAAACGUUUGAACUAUAUCGAGGGAAAUGCGAACCAUAUUUUUUAUUUUUUGGAGGUGGAUGCCUUGUUGCAGCAGUAAAAGGAGUAAAUCCUCCAGAGCUGGAGCAAUGUGUCUUGAGCAAGUUGAAGCAGGAACACGACGUUAUAAGUGGUGAGGCUGAAAGGGUUGAGGUGGACUAAGAAUUGUGUUUUAAAUUGUCUCAUAGGUCCGCGAUCCUAUGGUUAUCGCUAGGGAGCGGAAAGAGGCGGAGAUUAAACAAAAAAGGGAGGAAGAGGAGGAGGUUGAACAGGAACUUACCUUAGCAGUACUAAAACCUGACGUUGUUCAGUCUGGAAUAGCAGAACAGAUUAUCAGAGAACUCGAAGAAAAAGGUAUCCAAAUACUUGAGAGCCAAGAACAUUUAUUCACCACUGAAGAGGCUGAAAUUUUCUAUGAAAAUGUUAAAGAUCAGCCUUACUUUCAAGAUCUUGUUGAAUUUAUGACAUCUGGUCCAAGCAAAAUUAUAGUCUGUGCAUUGAAAGGCAAGCAAGGUAUUAUCGAAAAGCUAAGGGGACUGGUUGGACCGUCCAUUUUUGAAAAGGAUUCAGAGGAAAUGAAUGAAACAAUAAGAGCAAAAUAUGGUACUGGAAUAAUCAAGAAUGCGAUCCAUGCAUCAAACUCUAAAGAAGAGGCUGCAAGAGAACUAGCGUUUUUCUAUCCAGGUUAUGAGCCACCAGUUAUUACAGUGAAACGUACCCAAUCAAUUGGUAAGGGAUAUGAAGAAACAGCUUAUGGUACUGGAAAACAUGGAAUCGAACGAACAGUUGCAGUAUUACGGCCACAAGCUUAUGAAUUAUAUAAAGAUGAAAUAGUAAAACAAAUUAAAAAUGCUGGAUUUACCAUAGCACUGGAGAAAGUUAUACAGCUGACUAAAGAACAAGUAGAAGAAUAUUAUAAGGAGCAUAUGGGACAACCAUAUUUUGGGGAAUUAACUACUGUAAUGUCCAGUGGUCCAUGUUUAGCUUUAUUAUUAGCUAGAGAAGAUGCUGUCGCUAAAUGGAGAGAAAUGUUAGGGCCAGCAAGUGUUAAUGAAGCCAAAUCUACAGCUCCUGGAUCAUUACGUGCUCAGUUUACCAUGAAAUCGUCGACUAAAGUGACCAGUGGGAAAGAUGAAGGAAUCAACCUUAUACAUGGAUCAGCUAACGAUUAUGAAGUGCAGAAAGAUAUUAAUGUAUUUUUCCCGCUCGAAGAGACAAUUGCAGUGAUUAAACCAGAUGCAUAUGCUAAUCGAGAUGAAAUUAUUGAAAGGAUUGAAUCAGCUGGUUUUCACGUGGCAGCACGUAAAGAAACGACUCUUACCAAGGAUAUAGCUCGAAAAUUAUAUGAAAACUGCUCUGGUCAACCAUUUUACAAUGAUCUAGUUAAUCAUAUGGUCAGUGGUCAAACUUUGUUCAUGGUUUUAACGAGAAGUAAUGCGAUUUCCGGUUGGCGGCAACUGAUGGGACCAACAGAUCCAAACAAAGCAUCUGACGAAUCAUCAGAAAGUAUUCGUGCAAUUUAUGGUAGAGAUAUUCUUCGUAAUGCAGUUCAUGGAUCAUCUAAUAAAGAUGAAGUUCAACGGAUUCAAAAUUUAUUAUUCACCGGCAUCGAAGCUAAUGAAGAAAACCAAACGAUAUCGUCAAGAAGUAGUAGACGAGAUUCAAUAAAUGAAGAAAUUGAUAUGGAUAAAGCUCACUCAUAUGCAGUUAAAGAAGAGCAAGAAGCUGAAUCAGCUAGAUCACAAGAACAUGAAGAAAUAAAAGAUGAGGAAAAUAUGUUAAAUACACAAGAAGUAAAUAAUGAAGAAAACACACAAGUAAGUCCUAUACAAUCGGAGAAGCAGCAAUUUACAAACUCUGAUAAUAAAACACAACAUGAAGAAAAUGAAUUAAAUGAAACCGUAAUUGAUACAAUGCCAAUAGGAGAAAGUGUAAAAAAAACUGAAACAAGUAGUUCUAGUUCAUCAGGUUGGGUUCACAAAACUCAGGGUAAGUGAAACUAUCGAAAAUGUGUACCUUGUGACUACCAGUUAUACUUCAACUCAUAUCAUUUUCUAUUAUAAGGCCUAUAAACUAUCAGGUUAUAAAACACUUAAUUAUUCUAUUCAGCUUAAACACUUGUUUAUAUCACAACACUCGUUUAAAGUCUUCCAUUUGAUAUACACUUUUAUGUUAACAUUCCUCCAUGAAAUAUAUGUUUUAUACUUCAAACUGAAUUUUGUAAUUUCAUCACGAAAUGUGAAAAUUUUUUCACAAAAGUUUAGUCUCUUUUGAUGAUGCACCAUACAUUUGUUACGCAUUAUGCUUUCCUCUAUACUUCUGUUAUAUAUUUCAUUAUUGUACUGAGAUAAACAACACUGACAAUUAAGUUCCUUCACUGUUGUACACUUUUUCAAGCACAAUUAGUGGGUAUGUAAAUAUGUGAUGUUUGUUUUAGCAUCAAUAAUUGAAUAAAUUAAUGAUUUGAGAUUAUUUUACGUGUAAAUGGUUUGGUAAUCACUUGGUUUACUAAAAAAACAUACCCCAAGUCUAAACUAUUUGGUAAAUUCAUCUUAAGUCUAAACCUACCUACUGUUUAACAAUAACCUUAUCAUUUUAUUAUUUAAUUACUGAAGAAAAACUAUUCAUGGUUUGACAAAUAAAAAUAGUCUAGUUACAAACAAAAAAUCAGUAAAACAUUCUACAAUUGCAUCUUCAUAUUUACUGACUACUUUGAUUUAUAAUACUCAGUAUCUUUUCUGUCAAAUUAGUUUGUUAACAUUCGGGUCUUCGAAUGAACAUUGCUUACCUUUUCUACUUCCAUUCUAUUUAAAAACGAGCUUUUACUUAAUUUACAAUUGAGUGGAGAUUGGAUGUAAACCUAUUGUUAUAUUGUUAUAGGUCAAGGAUAACUAAUCAAUUAUUUAAAUGUUCUAAAUAGUCCUGAAUUUACUCAGUAAAUGGAUUAAAUAAACAGUGAAAUGAAAGUUUGCCACCUGUAUGACAAAUACAUUACUUGUUCUUAAAAUUGGUAUUACAAUAAUACACUACCAAAAUCUAGUUUUGACUAGUUAAUAAAUACCUAAACUCCGUCUGGUGCUGGUGAGUGGCCUAUGUUCUUCCACAAGGGAUAACAAGCGUAAGUAAGUAAUAAUCACUUGAAGUUUAUACCAGACUUAUCCAGUUACUAAUUACUAACUGUUGAAUGUAUGCAUAGUUGUCACAGUUUAAACUGUUAAAUUAUAAAAUGUAAUAACUCAUAAGUUAGUGAUAAAAUUUCAUAUUUGUUAAUUAGUUGUUUGUAUUAAAUCUUAUGUUAAUUUUAUCUUACAGAUACAUAAAUACUGAAUCAAUGAGAAAGAUUCAAAUGAUUUUGUAUACCUUUUUAUAAAAGAUCAAAUGUACUAAAAUUCAAUUGUUAUUUAUUAUAAUAAAGAUU